AUGGCCCCGACCGGACAACGAGCCAAGAAUCGAGGAACUUCGACGGAUGAGCUAUUAGCUCAAAAUUUGCAGCAACUAACUCAACUAACGCAAGCCUUGGCAAAUACUCUCCUCAACAAUAACCGCAAUGGGCCGGACAUAGCUAAAAUAGUAGCGGAGCGUCAUCCACCCUACUUUGACGGUCAAGAGGAUCCACUCGUACUUGAAGAUUGGAUCCGAGCAUUUGACAAGAUGUUUGAAGCUAUAAACUGCCCUGAAGAGCGACGCGUAGAGAUCGCGGCCUUCUAUCUUCGACAAGAAGCCGAUAACUGGUGGGGAAUGAUGGGACCAAGUUACCGACAGGAGAACGGGUUUGGAUGGGAAACUUUCAAGGAUAGAGUACGUUGUCGUUUCUAUCCGGAGCACGUGAGAGCCGCCAAGUAUGAAGAAUUUCUACAUCUGCGACAAGGGAAUACUACUGUGCAGGAAUAUUACGCCCGAUUCCUUGAACUUGCCCGGUUUGCCCCUGCCUUGGUACCCGAUGAACCUAGCAAGGCUAGGAAAUUCGUUAGUGGUUUAACCUUCGAAACACAGAAAGCUGUUUGCGUUUUCGAAUGUCAAACUCUUGGCGAAGCGUACAGUCGAGCAGCAAAUCAUUUUCGGGUAAAUCAGCUUCAGAAGAACGUCCUCGAGAGGAAUAAGAGGAAGGCUGCAGAAAGCGAUAGAUUUGUUAAUAAGAAACCUAGGAUAGAAAGCGUCAAGCGAGUUAGGGAUUACCCUAGAAGUUAUAGUAGUGACCUUAGGAGGAACUAUCAUCCGCAGAAUCAAAUGACCACUGGAGGAAGCUGGACCAGAGAAAGACACUACUAUUGUCAAAAGUGUGGGAAGGAUCACCCUGGUGUAGAUUGUCAGGGGAACAUUGUGGCGUGUCUCAACUGUGGGAAAAGAGGUCAUCGAGCAUUCGAAUGCCGUGCUGGCAAGAAUGUGACUUCAUCCAGCUUACGUCCGCAUGGAAGCAUAGGCCAACCGUCUGUCAAUCAAUCAAAACUCAAGAGUAAAUGGCGUGAGAGAUAG